GCCGUGAGACGGACUGCCAGUACUGCCAGCUGAUGCUGGGCACGUGCGUGUGCUCGGACGUGCCCGACUGCCAGCUGCCGGACGUCUCAGCUGACCCGACCUCGUUCACCAGCCGGCACGAAUGCGAGCAGGCGGCCGCGCGGCCGGCGCCCGCCCCCAGCCUCCCACCCACAGUGGAGGUGACCCCGUGCCCCGGUGUGACCUGUGCGCCGUCGGUGACCUCGUGCCCGGCGGACUCGGUGCUGAAGAGCGUGCAGUCGGCGCCGGCCGGCUGCUGCCCGCCGGCCACCGAGUGUGUCUGCGACCUGGAAGGGUGUCCGCUGCCGCCCGUCUGCCCCGAGGGCCUGCCCACGGUGACGGUGCCUGGCAGCAGGACGCCCGGCCACUGCUGCAGCCAGUGGACGUGUCAGGUCAACACCGACCCCUGCGUCAACGUGACGUGCCCGCCGGCGGCGGCCGCCUGUCCGUCGGACAGCUACCUGGUGCCGGCGGUCGGCGGCGCGGCGGCCUGCUGUCCGCUGGCGUGCCAGUGCCUGCCAGACCAGUGCCGGCCGCCCGCCUGCCCGCCCGGCGCCCAGCUCAAGCUGCUGGUCAACGGCACGGGUCGGCCCGGAGCCUGCUGCCCCGUGUACCAGUGCGACGAGGAGCCGACGUGUACUGACGGCGGCAGGACGUACAGCGCCGGCGACACCUGGAAGGCCGGCAAGUGCAAGACCUGCCACUGCAAGGACGCGCUCAUCUUCUGCAACAAGACCGAGUGCCCGCCGCUGACCGGCUGCAGUCAGAUCACGCACGACCCGGACCAGUGCUGCCCCCGCUGCGUCGAGGGCUGCCGCUCGCCGUCCGGCAAGUACCACAGCAGCAGCGAGCAGUGGCAGGAGGACGACUGCACCACGUGUCGCUGCGUGGACGGCGCCCACACCUGCCAGAGGCCCAUGUGCAAGGUCACCUGCCGACACCCGCGCACCGUGCCGGGCCGCUGCUGCCCCGUCUGUGACGUUUCAGACUGUGACGUGGCGUGCCGGCACGGCUACCGCACGGACGGCGAGGGAAACCCGCUCUGCGAGUGUCUGUCCGCCGACGAGGUGGCCAGGAACCCGCCCAGGGGGCUCUCUGACUGA